AUGUAUAACUCCCCCACACAUUGCUACGGUGAUAAAAAUAGAAUAUCCUUUUUCGAUUUUACUAAGAUAAGUACCCAAGAUAAGGAUAUGUCAUUGAAAGUAGUUAUUUUGAUCGGAGGUGAAACCACUGGUACAAGGUUUAGGCCUUUGUCAAUGGAUACACCCAAGGUAUUAUUUCCAGUUGCUGGCAAACCGUUGAUAAGCCAUAUAGUUCAAAAGAUAGCAGAGUUAGAAGUAAAUGGACUAAUUGAUGUAUUUCUCCUUGGAUAUUUUACAGAUUUGAAGCCAUUUGAGGACUAUAUUGCAGAAACUAAGAAAGAGUUUUCUAACUUGAAUAUAAAAUACUUGACAGAACCAUAUUCUAUGGGAACCGGAGGAGGACUUUAUUAUUUUAGAGAUGAAAUAUUUGGUGAUGGCACCUGCAAGAAAUUAUUAGUUAUUCAUGGAGAUGUCGUGUGCAACUAUCCUUUCAAAGAAUUAAUCCAAUUCUAUGAGAAUAGCAAUGCAGAUUCUGUGAUCUUGGGUAUCAAUCCGUUACUUCUCAUGAAUAAUUAUCAGAACAAGACACAAAUACAGAACCACACUUCGUUCAAGGUAUACGAUAAUGUUGAUACUUUUAGUAAAUAUGGUACAAUAAUUGCAACUAAGUCGGACUCAAAGGUUGUUCAUUAUGUUGAAAAGCCUUCUUCCAAAUUCUCAGAAUUUCAAUUGCAAACAGAGUAUAACACACUAAUUAAUGGAGGAGUAUAUGUUUUUGACAAGUCUAUAUUAGAAUUUCUUGCAAAGUCCCAAAAUCAUAAAUCUUUAAAGUGUAAAGAAUACGAUAGACACAAUCUAGACAAUGAAUCUAUUAAUUCCAAUGUUCUCUCACUCGAAUUGGAUGUAUUGAAGUUCUUGCCUGAAGCUAAAAAUAAGUUUUUGACUUAUAAAUCAGAUAGUUUCUGGUACCAAUUGAAAACCCCCAUUUCUGCUCUAUUUGCAAAUAUCUUUUUAUUAGAAGAAUGCAAGAAAAAUGCUGCUUAUAACGAUUUAGAAGAAGCUUCGGAUAAGAUAAUUUCCCCGGUUAGAGCUUCUAAAUUUUUAACAACUUCAGAGAAUUGUAAAAUAGGACCAAAUGUAUCACUAGGUAAAAAUGUUACAAUUGGAAAUGGUGUUAGAAUUAAAAAUAGUAUUAUCUCAGAUAAUGUUACAAUCGGGGAUAAUUCGUUUGUUGCAAAUGCUAUCAUUUCUAAAGGGGUUAAGAUUGGAAGGUGGUGUCGUAUUGAAGGUACAUUUACUAAUGACACAAUAAGCAAGGAUAUUAAUCAAGUCAAGUCUGACGGUUAUUUUAAGCUUAUCAACAAUAUAGUGGUUUUAUGUCAGAAUACAGUUGUGAGCAAUCAGGUUUUUGUCUACAAUUCGAUUGUUUUACCGCAUAAGGAAUUAAGAGAUGAUGUGAAAUACGAAAUUAUCAUGUAA